AGACAGCAGUCCGACAACCCUUGAGAGAGGUUGUAGUGGAUACCACUGCUUACUGAGUUAACACAAGGAAAAUGGUGGUGAAUGGCUUUCUCAGACCUAUGGAAUACUGAUUUUGCUCUUGGUUAGGCUCUGGCAUUGAAGAUAAAUCAUCAUUAUGAGACAUAAGGAACCUCUGCAUCGCUUGGCUAUUGGUUGGCUCUGGAAUUCCUGAUUUGGAAUACAUUUGGAUUAACUACGUGGGAUCAUUGCAAUUUGAAACCAAAAGCCAGACUUCUUGGUGUGCUUGGGCUCCUUCCCACGACCUGUUGACUUGGUUCUUCUCUGAAACCCUGUGGAUAUUAUACAUAAUAGAGACCAGGAGGAGAGACAGAGAGACAGAGAGACAGAGAGAAAGAGAAAGAGAGGCACAGAGAGAGAGAGACAGAGAGAGAGAGAGAGAGAGAGAGAGAGAGAGAGAGAGAGAGAGAGAGAGAGAGAGAGAGAGAGAGCAGAAUAAAUAAUUACUGUACGUUAUUAUAAGGCAUGAACUCCCUUUCAAAGAGCACAAAGAGCAGGGGGAAGCAGCGAAAGCGUUCUGCAGGAGACGGUGUUGACGUGGCCCUAUAUUGCCCCCUCCAUGGGGUACGGCUCGGCCAUCUCUGAGAUAUGGAUGGCCAAUGGUGGGACCAUGCAUCUUGGCAUAGCGAGGCCUUGUCUAUGCACCCGAUGACAUGGCAACCGUCCAAAGAUGGCGAGCGCCUGAUUGGGCGGAUUAUACUAAACAAGAGGAUGAAGGAUGGAACAGUGCCCCGAGACACAGGAGCUCUGCUGGGACUCAAGGUGGUUGGAGGAAAGAUGAUGGAUUCUGGUCGACUUUGUGCUUUCAUCACUAAAGUGAAGAGAGGAAGUCUAGCAGAUACUGUUGGUCACCUUCGACCAGGAGAUCAGGUUCUUGAAUGGAAUGGGAGGGUCCUACAAGGAGCAACAUUCAAGGAAGUUUAUAAUGUCAUUCUAGAAUCAAAGCCAGACCCCCAAGUGGAGCUGGUUGUGUCCCGUCCCAUACGAGAUUCUCCCAGUAUCUCAGAGAGCACACAUGGACAACUUGAAUCAAAUUCGAGUUUAUUUGAAUCCCAGAAGAUGGGUCGAGCAAUAUCCGUCACUUCCCCCAUGAGUCCCGGGAUGCUCCGCUACUCCCCACAGUGCCUGUCUGGACACGUCUCAGUCAAACUGUGGUACGACAAGGUGGGUCACCAGCUCAUAGUCACCAUCCUGGGAGCUAAAGAAUUUCCUUCUAGGGAAGACGGCCGGCCCAGGAACCCCUAUGUUAAAAUAUACCUCCUCCCCGACAGAAGUGACAAAAGCAAAAGGAGAACGAAAACGGUGAAGAAGUCCCUGGAGCCUAAAUGGAACCAGACGUUCAUGUACAUGCCUGUCCACUGGAGGGAGUUUAGAGAGCGCAUGCUGGAGAUCACUCUGUGGGACCAGGCCAGGGUCAGAGAGGAGGAGAGUGAAUUCAUGGGAGGGAUCCUCAUAAACCUGGAGACAGCCUUGAUGGAUGACACAGCCCACUGGUACAAGUUGCAAACCCACGAUGUAUCCUUCUUGGCAAUGCCCAACCCCUCACCCUACACACAGAGGAAACUGCUGUCGGGAGAGAGCCCCACUAGAAGGUUACAGAUGUCCCAGAGAAUUAUUGACAGUGAGUUCUCUGAUUUUGACUGCGAGGACGGGAUCGGUGUCAUAGCAGACUACAGACACAACGGCAGGGACUUCCAGAGCUCCACGCUGUCUGUUCCAGAACAGGUCAUGUCCUCCAACUACACCUCCCACUCUGACAUGGCCAGGACCUGGUCAAGGUCACCAAGUCUUCCCCCUCCACAGAGUCGGAGUUUGGACCACGGCAUGCGAGGGGGACCGCUUUCUUUUAGCUCAGGUCGGAUGGACCGGCAUCGCUUGUCUGAAGACUGCUACUCACCAGACAGGUACAAAAACCAUUCACACUAUAUCAAACAGAAGACCAGGGUACACCCUGAGAUCAAACCCCUUUCUCCCCUACACCCUGAGAUCAAACAGAAGACCAGGGUCGCCCCCUUUCUCCCCUACACCCUGAGAUCAAACAGAAGACCAGGGUCGCCCCCUUUCUGCCCCACACCCUGA